AUGAACUAUAAGAGGUUAGGGGCUUUAUUAGUACAUUAUGUGCGGAAGAGGGGUCUAGUGCAUCAAAAGGAACUGUAUACGGAAUUCCUAGGGAAAGAUGUAACAGCGCUACUCGACGAAUUUGUGAGAUAUAUGGACAAUGAGCAACUAGACAGCUAUGCAGCUAAUUGUUUGAACGCGGGUUAUAGCAGUCUGAGGCGAGAAGGCACAUUUGUGGCACAGAAACUGGCAGAUAGAAUUAUGUGCACACUCAUGUCACGAGCAUUAUUUUUCAUGAACAGGUGGCGCCCCGGGUCCGCUAGCGCGGAAGAGACAGACCCUAUGAAUGAACCGUUGAAGGAACAUAUAAGAUGCGCAAUAGUAAAUAUAUUUAUGUACAUAUUGCUGGAAUCUCCAUGCAGAAGUGAAAUGGGAAUAGAUAAUGCAUGGUACACAAUGAAACAGAUGGAACAAGGGUCAGGGGGUCGUUUAAUAAGCCAAGGUAAAUGUGCACAGGGAAAGUUUGAAAACAUAAAAAUACAGGAAUUCGACAUGGAGACAACGAUUAACACCUGGUUACAGAAGAACAAGAACUUGACUGAAACAAUUGGAGGCAAGGGUAUACAAAGCACAUGUACGCCAAGCUUAGCAGCACUUGGGGGGGCAACACGGGUAACACACGGAGCUAAUGCACCAAUUGCGAUGCAGCAUGAGGAAAAACAAGCUAUAGAGAAAUUAGGCAAAGAAAUGAAGACCAUAGUUCAGGAGGUAAAGACAGCAGUAGUGAAAUGCGCGCAGACACCUGGAACAUGCAUGGAGCCUAUCCAAGAAGUCUCCAGUAGCGAUCCGGAGGAUGCCGCCAGUGAGGACACAGUAUCGAACUCUGUCAAAAGCGAUACACCAGCACCAUCAACGGAACCGACAGCUAAAACAAAGAGUCCAGAGAAGGGUCCAAAUGGAACAGAUGAUAAACACAAGGACCAAGCACAACCUUCAAGCACCCCAUCACCAACAGCUUCAGGUGCAGGGAGUCCAGGGGCACCUCCGUCGCCACCAGCAGGGAACACAGACGUAGGCAGGGCACAUAAAACAGGGGAAGAGGACGGGGCACCUGCAGGAUCAGCACGGGGAGGACAACCAUCAUCAACAUCACAAGAUCCGGCGACCUCGGGAACAGGACCCGUAGGGACGCACACUGACAAUACAGGUAAGUGUACUAGUAGAACCGAAGUUCAUGUGGCGAAGAAUGCAGGCAAGGGCAUCCAAGGUGCCUCAUCCACCACCACCCUUUCUUUUGUGUCGAGCCCAGAGGCUACUAAUGACUGUGCGAACAAGUCCAAGGACUCGGGACCAGGCGAUACCGUGGUCGUGGAAGGCAACGAUGACCCCCCUCCUCUCAAUCCACCCAAACCAGCACCCACGAACCCAGAUCAAUCGGGUACUAGCGGUAGCGGCGGCGGCGGCGAACCGGCCCCAGGAGGUGGUGCUGGAGGUGGUGUUUCUAGUGGGGAAGGAAAAGAUGCAGGGACUGAUGGCGGACGUGGUACUAGUGCUGGAGGACACGGCGGUAGUGGUAGUGAUGCUGGAUGGGACGCUCCUACCCCUGCAACCCCUUACGUUCCGCCCGGCCUCACAUGGGAAGAUGUCAAGCGGUACACCCCCGCGAUUAUUCCAGCGGUGGUUGGUAUUGGGGUGAUUGCGUUUUUCCUAUGGAAGUACUUUGCCUUCCUCGGACAAAAACGCCGACGAACAUAUCGCACCGUUCGUAACGUGCCGUCACCGCCACUCGACGAAGAAAUAUUGGAGCAUCUACAACGCGGCGCGCCACCACCCGAUUACGGGUACACCAUGCUUACGGAUAGGCAACCUGCGUCAACAUCCGACCGACGACGACGUCAUCCACGCGUGCAUAGGCGAACGAUUAUCGAGCUACAUCUAGAAGUGCUCAACGAAUGUGAAGCGGCCGCAUGGGAAACGGUGAAAGACGACUAUUGGAAGAUUGUCGUGCAGGAGUGUGCGCGAGACUUGCAGCAGGACGCAAAGGGGCACAGUAGUUUCCCGGAUACUCCUAGCACAAACCAGGAUUUAUCACGGAACAAUGUUUCCUCCAUCCUCAAUCCAUCCACCGAUUCCGACGGAACAGAUCCAUGUCCACGUAACGACGAGGACCCCGAUCCAUGGAGUUGCAUGGAAACCAUACAGUUAGCAACGGACCGUUCUCCGCCUAAUGACUGCGAUUCAUGGAGUUGUAUGGAAACUAUACAAUUACAAACGGACCCUUGUUCACCGCAUGACCCCGAUCCAUGGAGUUGUAUGGAAACGACAGAGUUACACACGGCCCCUUGUGCACCGCAUGCACACGACCCCGAUGCAUGGAGUUGUAUGGAAACUAUACAGUUACCAACGGACCCUGGUGCUUCUAACGAACAUGACCCCGAUCCAUGGAAGUGCAUGGAAACUAUACAGUUACCAACGGGCCCUUGCCCACCUAAUGACUGGGAUUCAUGCAGUUGUAUGGAAACCAUACAGUUACCAACGGACCCAUGUCCACCCAAUGAACACGACCCCGCUCCAUGGAGUUGUAUGGAAACUAUACAGUUAGAAACGGACCCUUGUGCACCGAAUGACUGCGAUCCAUGGAGUUGUAUGGAAAACAUACAGUUACCCACGGACGCUUCUGCACCGAACGAACACGACCCAUGGAGUUGUAUGGAAACUAUACAGUUAGAUGCACAACAGAAUGCUCAUUUCAACCCCGGAGACGCGACGUCGCAUUGCACCCACAGGAUUAACUGGAUUGAGCGACACAAACAUAUUUUAAGGGCGUGCACGGGGCAACCGUGGUUUAAUGCCCUCAAAUUGCAAUGGACACAAUACCUGAGUGAACAAAUGGUGGCAAACGAGGACAACGGGCACCGUGAAUUAGGUGAGUACGGUAAUAUCCCAUACAUGCAAAGCAAGAAAUUGGUCCUGUGGAAACAGUGGGUCGCACAGCAACAUGCGCUUAUGCAUAUAUAUGGUGAGGAGGAGUGGUUUCAACGUUUGUUGAAUAGUGUAGAGGAGGAGACAGUACCGGAAAAACGCGAAGUACCUGGAGUAGAAAAACACUUAGAAGUGGAAAAAGCAAUGGGCACAGAACACUUGCUACACGUGCGCGAUGUACCGCGCUCGCAACUGCAUAAGCAACCUUACAUGACAAAACCGUUAACCGCUAAAACAUGGAUACUGAUCCUGGCAUUAGUCAUAGAACACUGCGAGGUCGAAUGUCGUUUGCAGGAGAAGGAGUUAUAUGUGGAUGAACUAUUGCACAAGCUCUGA